AUGAACAACAGUUCCCAUACCGGCCUCUACCAGUCUGCCAACAGUAGCACUUCCACUCUCCGCCCCCGCGCUACUCGUCUGAUCUCAUACCUCGACGAUGAUACCCCCGAUGCCACUGCCAUAUCCACCUCGUCCGCUCCCACUUCGACCUCCACUCCUCCUCGAUUCCCCAGCAGAGGCGUCUCUCCUAAUGUGACCGCAAAGAAACCAAAAUCCCCGGACAAGUCCAAGAAUGGUCUGGCGGCAACAUCACGAUCACAAAGUCCAUCGCUGGGAGGGCAAGGCUUGUGGGACUCAUGGUCUUCAAUUCAAGGUAUCGCCUCGAGCCUGUUGGGAAGUGACACCUCUACUUCUGCAAAAGACAAGCCGAACAAUUCAUUCAAAACCCCACUAUGGAUGAAGCAAGACAAGUCCUUUGCACCUAAACCGCCUGCUCUGGAAUGGGGCCCUUCCAAAGAACCCGGCACCGCAAUCCCUGGAUCCAUCGAGGAGAGAAAGGCCAAGCUCGAAGCGAAGAAAAGGGAGGCUCUACUGCUGGCUUCUGCCGCAGAGGCUCAAGACAGCUCCGGCAGGUUCAAAAGGAGGGAUUCCGAUGCAGACCUUUCCACUUCAAAGUCAACGGACUCGAACCAAGAUGCCCUGGUUUAUAUGCACAAGAUCCAGAAGGGCGAUACCCUCCCAGGUGUCAUUAUAAAGUAUAACUGUCAGGCCGAAGCCUUCCGGAAGCUCAAUCGAUUCUGGCCCAACGAUAACAUUCAGACGCGUACUCAUGUUUUGGUUCCUGUCGAUGCAUGCUCAGCAAGAGGCCGGAAAGUGGAUAGUCCGUAUCUAUCACCAGAUCUCUUCGACUCGGGAUUUGCACAGGCUAACAAAGACUCAUCUUCAAUCAAUGGCACGUCUCCCACCCGCACUGCCAACCCUACUAUAUCCUCCACCCUCACUUCCGAACCCCUUACACUCAUCACUUCUUUAUCAGAAGAAGUAGAAUUCAAGCACGACUCGUGGGUCAUGCUUCCGUCAUUUAAAGAUGCCAUCGAGGUCCUCCGCGUCCCUCGUCGUGCCCUCGGAUACUUCCCCCGAGCAAGGCGGAAAUCAAACACGGCUCUGACUGCAAUCUCCGCCACUUCGACGCCGAGAACCUCUUUCGACAUGCUGCGUCAUCCUCCCACACACGCGGCUCAAACUUCGGCCUCUCUGGGGUCCUCCCCGGUCCGGCGACCAGGGCUUCCAACCCGUAUGUCUUCUGCCCGUCAACGCUCCUCGAGUGUCACGAAUUCGGGGAAUUCCUUCAUGGACGCAUUACGAGGACCCGGUGGUGUGGGCACCCUAAGUGGUCUACGAACCGAGGUAUCCCGUCCUGGUCCUGCUGAAGAUCCUUUGAACAAAAAAUUUGCCAAUUACCUGCCCGAUCUCUUACCCCCAGAAGCUAUGCCUCGAACUGGGUUCAGUCUCCGACCGUCGGCUCGUUCAACCCCUCGUGCCAGUACAGAUUCGGUACGUAGUACUCGCUCCAACAGUGCAAACAUGGGUGAUGUCGGAGUCGCCAUUGAAGGCUGGGUAAGGAAAAUGGCAGGUACUAAGAGUCUCCGAGAUCGUCAUGGCGCUGCGCCCAAAAUGGGCGACCUGAUUGAAUUAGAAACGAAUAGUGAAAGCACUCAGCUAAGUACUUCGAGGUCCGAUAUUGGCCUGGAAGCAAAUAUUGACCAAGUACGACAAUCUGAUGACACCCCCACACCAACCACAGCGAAACCUGCCGAGUCUACCUCAACCUCCACGGCCAUCGAACAGGAGCUCUUAAAUGAACGGUUCCCCAUGAGGGGCCGCGUCCAAAAUGCCUAUGAGACGAAGAAGAUGUGA